UGUGGAAAAAAAGCGUAAACUGUGUAACUGGAAGGCGCACGGAGCCGGUCCUGCCACAGAGAGAGCGCGGAGAGAUGAGAGAUGACAGCCUCGGGAAAAGUCCUGCCCUACCGGGUACAGCGGAAAAGAGCGGACCGGUUUUGAUAUGAGCGUGCUUUUUAUUUUACCUGUUUUACCUCCGGUUAUGUUUUUUUAAUCAAAUACUAUGACUUUGUGAAGGUGUUUCUCGGUUCUGUGAGAGCGGGAACGGCACCUCACUGGUUUAGCAGGAGCCUCGGAAGCCCGCGCGUGCUGCCGGUUUAAAGGGCUCCUCGAAGCCCCCCCAGCGCGUCUCGAGCCAGCCGCGAGCCCUCCGCGCCCCGUCAAGCUGGAAACUGACAGCCUCUCUCUUUCCACUAACCCAUCUUCUCCACCGAGGACAUGACCUUUGAUAGCUGAGAAAUAAACAUGAAGUAGGAUUAAUCCAUGUAACAGCUGCGAGCUACGUUUUGUUUUCCUCCUUUUCACUCCCUUUUAUGAAGAGAAAACAUCGCAAGACUGUUUCGAUUGGCGCUCUGCCCCGAGCCCUAAGUGAAAACCAAGGAAGUAUAAGUCUUCAGAGGACGGUAUUUUAGAAAACACUUCCUUUGGGAUUUUAACAUCUGAUGUUGGUUUUAUAGUUCUUUUUUAAAAGACGAGCACCUGUCCGAGUUCGUCGCUGUUACGGCAGGGGACUGCGCAGUGUCUGCUUGAACUACACGAAAGUCUGCUGGUCGCUCCUGUAUUUGCGUGAUUGAGUUCACCGGUCCGAUUGAGCAGUCGCCAAUAACUAUUGGGUCAGUAACGACAGAAAGCGAGCGGACACAAGAAAAGAUCCAACUGUAUCUCAAGCAACGCCAGAACUCAAGGGCACAACGACCACGGAGAAGCAGAGGUCUAAAAUAAAGCCAAAUACGAACUUAUAAAUGAGGUAAAACCAAUUCAGAUUGUUUUAUCUGUAAUUUCUCUGUUGCCCGGACGUAGUACUGUAUUAGGAAACGCACUGCUCCUUUCUAUCUUGCAAGAAAGCAUCGUCGUUGUUCACUUAAUUGCGUUUUGCUUGACUGUGUUUGAGAGGUUAUUUAUUUUUUUCGUGGAGAUCAUCCCCAACUUUCUCAGCUUCAUUUUGUGCGUCUAAGAUCAGAAUCAAGGGAGGAUUCACGUCCGUCGAAGACUGGGACAACAAACAGGCGGGUUCGAAUCACGAAAGAUAAAACUAUUCCCUCAGGGUUGCUGCUGGAUUUGAGGUCCCACCUUUGACCAGAUGCUUGUUCAUCAAGAGACUGGGAACGGCAGGAAAUCUCUUUUCUUCGUGUCCUUUUAUAAAUGAAGUGCCUUCGCCACUAGUAGAUGAACAGCCGCCACCCUGCAGAAUCCUUUCACGUCCAAAAGGAUGUACUGAAGAAACCCUUCUGCCCUCUCGGAGCAACUUGGACUUGUCAAUUGUGCUGCGUUGACUCCUCGCCUGGGCCCUGGGCCCUCCCCUGGCGAUGUCAGCCCCAGCAGAGCGCGCCUGUUUGUCCCUGCCCAGCAGUGGGAAUGCCAGCAGUGGAGGGAGUGGCGCGACGCAGGUAUGCAACGAGAGCGUGCUGAGGCUGUCCCCCUACUCCCCCCAAGCCACCGCCGCCUUCGCCACAGUCAUCACCUUCAUGAUCCUCUUCACCAUCUUCGGCAACGUCCUGGUGAUCAUUGCCGUGCUCACCAGCCGCUCCUUGAAGGCCCCCCAGAACCUGUUCUUGGUGUCGCUGGCGGCCGCCGACAUUCUGGUGGCCACUCUCAUCAUCCCCUUCUCCCUGGCCAACGAGCUUAUGGGCUACUGGUACUUCAAGGCGGUGUGGUGCGAGAUCUUCCUGGCGCUGGACGUGUUGUUCUGCACCUCCUCCAUUGUCCACCUCUGCGCCAUCAGCCUGGACCGUUACUGGUCAGUGUCGCGGGCCAUCCAGUACAAUGCCAAGCGCACGCCGCGCCGCAUCAAGGCGACCAUACUGGUGGUGUGGUUGAUUGCCGCCAUCAUCUCCUUCCCGCCGCUGCUGUCUAUGAACAAGAAGCAGGGGGUAGCCGGGGAUGGGCGGCCGCAGUGCGAGCUCAACGACGAGAGGUGGUACAUCCUCUCUUCCUCCAUCGGCUCCUUCUUCGCCCCCUGCCUCAUCAUGAUCCUGGUCUACUUGCGCAUCUACCAGAUCGCCAAGCAGCGCACCCGGCGCCUGCCCGGGGAGGCACAGAAGGGGGGCGGAAGCUUCGCGGCCGCAGCUCCCGCCUCCUGCACCGAUCCCUCCCUGAAGGAGCUCCCCCUGCCUGCCCCCGAGACGGAGAAGGAAUAUCAGCCAAAUGGACACCAGGGUGGCCACAACCAGAGCAACGUGCCCACACCGGAGGAUGCUGAAUUACAUCACACAAAUGGCAAACCACCAGCUCUAGCCUGGCCGUCUGCUCUCAAAGUGGCCAUCCCGUCCCAGCCCCCCUGCAAAGCCACCAUAGAUUCCAGCGACCUAUUGCAGGCCCCCUUACCACUUCCAUCCCCCUCGACUUCUCUCGCCCUCUCGCUCUCUGCCUCUUCGACUCAACAGGGCGCAGGCGGAGAGGCGGGCCGCUGUUUGGAGGCAGCCUCGGAAAGCACAGCAGCGAGGAGGGAGUGGGUGGCCACUUCUGAUGGGCGGCAGGCGUCCCAGCAUGCAGCGAGAAGAGAGAAGGCUGCCUUGGAUGACUCCUCUUCCAGUUCGGAACCCGAGGCGGAGGGGGGCAAGCCGAACAGGGGGAAAAAGAAGGGGAAUGGGAAGGCAGGGCCCAGGGAGGGCGGGACUUCCCCGGGAAACGACUACAACAGCCCGCACACCUCCACCCGGCGAUACGGUGGGACAAUCGCCACCGCCCGGGGGGAGGUUUUCGUGGUGCGCCGAUCCAAGCCGGAGGGCACGCCCAACACCGCCCGUCGCAAGGCUGCGGUGAACCGUGAGAAGCGCUUCACCUUCGUUUUGGCGGUGGUCAUUGGCAUCUUCGUGCUCUGCUGGUUCCCGUUCUUCUUCUCCUACAGCCUGCAGGCCGUUUGCCCGAUAGCGUGCCGCCUCCCUGCGCCCGUCUUCAAGUUCUUCUUCUGGAUUGGCUACUGCAAUAGCUCAGUGAACCCUGUCAUCUACACCAUCUUUAACAAGGACUUCCGCAGGGCCUUCAAGAAGAUCCUCUGCCAAGACACCAAGGGCACCUUCUUCUAAACAGAUUCAGGUUUCUUUUCCCCUCCAGGAAAAAAACAAAGAAUUUGUAACGCGAAUACAAAAAUGCACCAUGAGACUGGCUUUCCUUUAUUGCUGGGAAUUUUGCCUGUGGAUGAGCACAAAGGGCGCUCUCCUUU